GUACCUGUAGUAGCUGUAGUAGCCGUAGUACCUGUAGUAGCUGUAGUAGGUGUAGUACGUGUAGUAGCUGUAGUAGCUGUAGUACCUGUAGUACCUGUAGUACCUGUAGUAGCUGUAGUAGCUGUAGUAGCCGUAGUACCUGUAGUACCUGUAGUAGCUGUAGUAGCCGUAGUAGCUGUAUUAGCUGUAGUACCUGUAGUACCUGUAGUAGGUGUAGUACCUGUAGUACCUGUAGUAGCCGUAGUAGCUGUAGUAGCUGUAGUAGGUGUAGUACCUGUAGUAGCCGUAGUAGCUGUAGUAGCUGUAGUAGCCGUAGCACCUGUAGUAGGUGUAGUAGGUGUAGUAGCUGUAGUAACUGUAGUAGCUGUAGUAGCCGUAGUAGCCGUAGUACCUGUAGUAGCUGUAGUAGCUGUAGUAGCCGUAGCACCUGUAGUACCUGUAGUAGGUGUAGUAGCUGUAGUAAGUGUAGUAGCUGUAGUAGCCGUAGUAGCUGUAGUAGCCGUAGUAGCUGUAGUAGCUGUAGUACCUGUAGUAGCUGUAGUAGCUGUAGUAGCUGUAGUACCUGUAGUAGGUGUAGUAGCUGCAGUAGCUGUAGUAGCUGUAGUAGCUGUAGUACCUGUAGUACCUGUAGUAGCUGUAGUACCUGUAGUAGGUGUAGUACCUGUAGUAGCUGUAGUAGCUGUAGUAGCCGUAUGUAGUAGCGGUAGUAGCUGUAGUACCUGUAGUACCCGUAGUAGCUGUAGUACCCGUAGUAGGUGUAGCCCUGUAGUAGCUGUAGUAGCUGUAGUAGCCGUGGUAGCGGUAGUAGCUGUGGUACCUGUAGUGCCUGUGGUACCUGUAGUAGCUGCUGUACCUGUAGUAGCUGUAGCAGCUGUAGUACCUGUAGUAGCCGUGGUGGCUGUAGUAGCUGUAGUACCUGUGGUACCUGUAGUGGCCGUAGUAGCUGUGGUGCCUGUAGUAGCUGUAGUGCCUGUAGUAGGUGUAGUACCCGUAGUAGCUGUAGUAGCUGUAGUAGCCGUGGUAGCGGUAGUAGCUGUAGUACCUGUAGUACCUGUAGUGCCUGUAGUAGCUGCUGUACCUGUAGUAGCUGUAGCAGCUGUAGUACCUGUAGUGGCCGUGGUGGCUGUGGUGGCUGUAGUACCUGUAGUACCUGUGAGUGGCCGUGGUGGCUGUAGUAGCUGUAGUAGCUGUAGUAGCUGUAGUAACUGUAGUAGCUGUAGUAGCUGUAGUACCUGUAGUACCUGUAGUAGGUGUAGUACCUGUAGUAGCUGUAGUAUCUGUAGUACCUGUAGUAGCUGUAGUAGCUGUAGUACCUGUAGUAGCCGUAGUACCUGUAGUACCUGUAGUACCUGUAGUAGUACCUGUAGUAGCUGUAGUAGCCGUAGUAGCUGUAGUAGCUGUAGUACCUGUAGUACCUGUAGUAGCUGUAGUAGCUGUAGUAGCUGUAGUA